CGGAGUGACACGUCUCUCUCACAAAUACUGGACACUGAAGGGAUUCUACAGCAAUUGACUUCUUGUAGAACCUCAAAACGCGGCGCAUUCACUGGAGAGCUUCUGAAAUACUGCAGCGUCAACUCUGAAGGAUGCAAACCUCAACCGAGAACAUCUGACAUCCACUGGCGCUCUUGAUAACAUAGACAAGCUCUUUAAUGUGAGCCAUCAGACAGAUGCUGUAGAAGUUCAAACUCAAUGUAGACUGAAUUUUACGCCUCAAGCUACAGUGGAGAUUCUCAGAGGAGCUCCGUCAAUUGAAACACCACUGCAAAAAAGUGCGCUGCAUGUUCUUCUGCAUGCUCUUGGUGGUCCUGUGAAUGGAUUAUCUUUGUUUUGAAGUACAUGAAGACAUAUGGUUCUUCAUUUUUGGUCAUUUUUGGAAAUCUUGUUACAGCAAGAGAAACGUUGGAGGAAUUGCAUGUUCUUCAGCACAUUCAUGAUGCAACUAUUGAAUGGACACUGAUCAUUUUUAUUGAGGUAAACCAUUUCUGUUAAACUCUGAAGUAUAUUCAGACUGGAAAUUUGAUCAUUGUGUUGAUUUGAAGAAGAAAACGAAAAAGGUUUGCCACGCAAGCAUCUUUUUGCAUAUGCAUUUACUUUCCUCAAGUGCUUCAAGAGUAAAUCACCAAGAAUAUCCAAUGAAAGAAGCCGAAUCUUCUCUUCUCGACACCAACUGGUCUUCCCUCGUAAAACACGCCCCUCUGCUCCGCCUCAACGCCCUUGACUUCUCCGACCUAUGGGAUGAUGAAGAUCUUGAGCUGGACAGCAUUGAUGAAGACUCCUCCCACACUUCGGCCAAUCAGAUUGUAGCCACACCCAUCCCCCCGCCUCCUCCCCCUUUGGCCCCGCCCCUCUCUGUAGCUAGCGAAUCACCACGGCCAUCAGGCUGUCGUACUCUGAGGCUCCACUGGAGCGCGCUGUUGAGUCUGCAGCCUUUGCCGAGAGUGGGCCGCUUCGGGCUUCAGUCGAUCUGGGCCGGUCUGGAACCAGUUCAGCUAGACACCAAUAGACUGGAAUACCUGUUUGAGAGCAAAAGCAGCACCAACAGCGCCCUCUGCAGUCUGAUGGGGGCACGACAGCAGAAGCAGCCGUGUGUGUCUGUAUUGGGUGUAAAGCGUAGUAACAUCAUCACUAUAGCUCUGAGCAGUCUGCCACCGGUUCACCUGCUUCCCCCUGCCAUAUACAGCAUGGACAACACUGUACUAGACAGAGAAGACAUCCAGAGGUUGCAGAUGAUGGUUCCCACUGAAGAGGAGCUGAAUCUGAUAAAAGAGGCAAAAGCUCAGGCCCCGCGUUCACCUCUGGGCCCCGCAGAGCAGUGUCUCCUGACCCUGGGCAACAUUCCUCAUCUGAGCGCCAGACUGCAGCUCUGGGCCUUCGUUCUGGACCACGACACACUGGAGAGAGAAAUCGCAGAGCCGCUCUUCCAUCUGAAGCUUGCCAUGGAGCAGCUGGCGGCCAAUCAGACGUUCCGCUGCAUACUAGCGACUGUGCUGGCCGUCGGUAACUUUCUGAACGGCUGUAAGGCGAAGGGGUUUGAGUUGAGUUACCUGGGCAAGCUCUCUCAGGUGAGAGACACACACGGCCGGCAGCCUCUGCUUCAUCACGUAUGUGUGUUAUUGCUCCAGCUUUACCCACAAUCCUCUGAUCUGUACUCCGACAUCACUGCUGUCACAAAAGCCAGCAAGUGUGACUACACACAAGUGCAGCUGAAUUUCUCACAGCUUGAAUCACUUUGCAAAGCAUGCUGGGAUCAACUCCGACUACUUGAGAAGGAUGGGAAGAAGAAGAAAGGUAGAGGAAGAAAAGAGGAAGGUGGAGAAGAGGCAACGCUCCAUCAGAGGCUUACCCAGUUUCUGAAAGACUGUGAGGAGAGGUUGAAGGUGCUACGAGCAGUUCACCGCAGAGUUAUCAACAGAUUCCACUCGUUCCUGUUCUUCCUUGGUUAUUCGCGUACCAUGGUGAGAGAAACGAGUGCUGAGGUGUUUUGUAAGACUGUUAGUGACUUUGCUCUGGAGUACAGAGCCACUCGCAAUGCUAUCCUUCACCAGAGGGAGAGAGAGAAGGAGAAGCACAGUCAAAACACACCUAAACUCAAAACCAGAGGCCAUCAAAGCCUGUCUGAUGACAAUCAGGAGCAGGUGAAACUUGAAGAGGUUUUGAAGGCUCCUGAAUCAUCGUCAUCAUCAUCUUUCCACUUUGACUUCACUCUUCCAAGACAGCGCAGCAAGACGAGUGACAAGAAAGGUAGUCACUCCCGAAAGCUGAAGUGGUGAUCUCCAAUCCUUAUUUCCUCUAAAAGUAAUUGAAGUGUUAGCUUGUCAACUAUAUUUUUUGAUUAUGGAAGCAAAACUUGAAAUAACAUCUGUUUUGUUUUGUUUUUUUGUUUGUCAAUUCUUUUCCAUUGUUGGUAAGUUAGCAACUGUCACAAAUCUCUGUAACUUUUAGGUUUUGAGUCAAAAGCAGUGAUUUUGCAUGCUGAAUUGUUGCUGUUCAUGAAUUGUUUUGUUUCAUUAUUGUUUUAAUGCUUAACUUUUGACUUUCUUUCCUUGCUUUGUUUGUGUGUUUUACAUUGCAUUAACGGUACAGUAGUAUAAACUACAAUAAACUGUUAGCAGUUUAGUAUUCUUGCCAUAAUUUCCUGUUGUGAUUCAGAAUUUCAAAUAUAUAUAUUCAUCAAUGAUAUUGUGAUUAGCAAUCAUUCAAUGACUUUGUGUUCCCUGCUAAAAAAAAAACAAUAGAAGCCCAAUAGAAACCAUCACAGAAAUUCCAAUGGUUUCCAUUAAAAUACCAUUAUAAACCAUUAGCUUUUUCCAGUAAAACCAUUACAAAAUUCCUCUUUGUAGUGUGUUUUGGGCAUUUUUCCAAUAGGAUUUAACAUCCCACCAAUAGAAUCCAUCACAUACCAGUAGACACCAUUAUAGUGUCCAUUAAAACCUAUACAAUUCCCAUUAUAACCAUUAAAACCAUUACAUUUUCUAUUGUUUUUUUUUUUCAGCAGGGUUAAGUAGAUGUUUAACAACUUUUUUAGUUUAGUUUAUGUAUUUAAUGUUUUUUUUU